AUUUUCUUUUGUUCAACUUUUCUCCUACCAUUGUCUUCCUUGUGCAUGUGAUCCCAAUCGUUUUGCUUAUCAAAAGAGGCUUUGUCAUCAGUCCCUCCUUAUCCCUAUAUAAAGGCAUUAAGCCAUUCAGCUAUUCACACAUACACUCCUUACAAUUGCCUGAAGCCCUCAAAAGCAAAUGAGGAUUAUUCACAGCCUCACGUGUUUGAUUCUCACUUUCAUCUCCUUUACUCCUUGUGAUGCAAAACAAACACAAACUAUUUUAAACACCCUGAGCAUUGACCAUUUCCUAGAUAAAAUAUAUGAAUGGGGAAAUGGGGCACAAGGAUUCCAAGAAGCCCAGAUUCACAUGUCAGGCCCUAUAGUGGUGGCAGGAGUAUUGUGUUUCAUAGCUUCUUCUAUAUCUAGUGCUGGUGGUAUUGGUGGUGGUGGACUUUUCAUACCCAUAUUAACUAUUGUAGCUGGCCUAGACCUCAAAACAGCUUCAAGUUUGUCAGCUUUUAUGGUCACAGGGGGGUCAAUAGCAAAUGUCAUGUGCAAUCUUUGUGCCACAAGUCCUAAAUUUGGUGGCAGGUUAUUGGUUGACUAUGACAUAGCACUUUUGUCAGAACCAUGUAUGCUUCUAGGAGUGAGUGUUGGAGUCAUAUGCAACCUUGUGUUCCCUGAAUGGUUGAUCACUAUGCUAUUUGCUAUUUUUCUCACUUGGUCCACCUCAAAGACCUGUAACAAUGGAGUUCUGUUUUGGAGGAUUGAAUCAGAAGAGAGGAGGAAAAGUGAUGGAUUUGAGGGGCUUGAAAGUGGAUUAUUAGAAAAUGGGAGUUCUGAAAAUAGGGAGGGAGAAGAAAAAGAUGCGGUAAAAAGUAUUGAAGAACAGGUUGUGGUUAAUGAAGAAAAUAUCAGGGUGAGGAUACCUUGGUUCAAAUUGCUGGUCUUACUCUUGGUCUGGUUCUCUUUCUUCUCCCUCUAUCUUCUUCGUGGAAACAAAUAUGGACAGAGUAUCAUUCCAAUGGAGCCAUGUGGUGUGGGAUACUGGAUUAUUUCAUCAGCUCAAAUCCCUCUUGCUGUAAUUUUCACUGCUUGGAUUGUAUUCAGAAAAGAAAGCCAUCAAGACCAAAAUCUCAUGCAAGAGGGCUCAUGCCUAUCCUCAAAUGGACCAUCAAACAAACUUAUUUUUCCUAUGAUGGCACUUCUAGCAGGGAUUUUGGGUGGUGUCUUUGGAAUUGGGGGUGGAAUGCUGAUAAGUCCACUUCUUCUACAUGUUGGAAUAGCUCCUGAGGUGACAGCAGCAACAUGUUCUUUCAUGGUUUUCUUCUCAUCCACCAUGUCAGCCUUGCAAUAUCUAUUGUUGGACAUGGAUCACAUAGAGACCGCACUUAUCUUGGCCGUAAUAUGUUUUGUUGCAUCACUUAUUGGGCUAUUAGUGGUGCAAAGAGCAAUUCAAAGCUAUGGAAGACCAUCCUUAAUAGUAUUUUCGGUUAGCGUAGUCAUGACUUUAAGUAUUGUUCUAAUGACUAGCUUCGGAGUUAUUCGAACUUGGAAAGACUACAUAUCAGGGAGAUACAUGGGAUUCAAACUACCCUGUUGAAAAACAAUUUUGCUCAAUUAGUAUCUUAUUGUGUGCUAAAUUCGCGUGUCAACAUCAGAGUAUAUAGUUAUCAAUCGAGUAAAAGUUUUGGACCUUUUAAAUUUAGUGCAAAACUCCUUAGUAGGGAAACCAAGCAUCUUUGGCUGUUAAUGAUAUUCUCAGAAUCUCAGAUAAUAGAACUUGCCAUCAUGGUUGAAAGAAA